CAGGCAUCUCUUAACAAGCUAAAAGUGACAGAACCAUGGCUCAGUUUCCAACACCUUUUGGGGGCAACCUGGAUAUCUGGGCUAUUACUGUGGAGGAGAGAGCAAAACAUGAUCAGCAGUUCCACAGCCUGAAACCAACAGCUGGAUUUAUCACUGGUGAUCAAGCCAGGAACUUUUUUUUUCAGUCUGGGUUACCUCAGCCAGUGUUAGCACAGAUAUGGGCUCUAGCUGACAUGAACAAUGAUGGCAGGAUGGAUCCCUUGGAGUUCUCCAUAGCCAUGAAGCUCAUCAAGCUGAAGCUCCAGGGGUACCAGCUCCCCUCUGCUCUGCCCCCCAUCAUGAAGCAGCCGCCGCUCGCCCUGCCCGGCGCCCCAGGAUUUGGUCUCGGGGGCAUUGCCAACAUGCCCUCCCUCAGCUCUGUGGCCCCGGUGCCCAUGGCAUCCAUGCCGGUGGUGGGGAUGUCCCCACCGUUAGUGUCCUCAGUUCCUGCCGUCCCUCCCCUGGCUAACGGAGCUCCUGCUGUCAUCCAGCCUCUGCCUGCUUUCGCUCACCCCGCCACAUUGCCAAAGAGUUCUUCCUUCAGCAGAUCCGGCCCAGGAGCUCAGCUCAAUGCAAAGCUGCAGAAGGCACAGUCCUUCGACGUGCCCAGUGCUCCCCCCGUGGCAGAGUGGGCUGUCCCUCAGUCCUCACGGCUCAAGUACCGGCAGCUCUUCAACAGCCACGACAAAACCAUGAGUGGACACUUGACAGGUCCCCAAGCAAGAACAAUCCUCAUGCAGUCCAGUUUGCCCCAGGCUCAGCUGGCCACAAUAUGGAAUCUUUCUGAUAUCGACCAGGAUGGGAAGCUGACAGCUGAGGAGUUUAUUCUGGCUAUGCACCUCAUUGAUGUAGCUAUGUCUGGGCAGCCACUGCCCCCUGCACUGCCUCCAGAGUAUAUCCCACCUUCCUUUAGAAGAGUCCGCUCUGGCAGUGGGAUAUCUGCUACCAGCUCAGUGUCUGUAGACCAAAGGUUACCAGAAGAACCAGCAUUAGAGGAAGAGCAGCAGCAACUGGAAAAGAAAUUACCAGUCACGUUCGAGGACAAGAAGCGGGAGAACUUCGAGCGGGGGAACCUGGAGCUGGAGAAGCGGCGCCAGGCGCUCCUGGAGCAGCAGCGCAAGGAGCAGGAGCGGCUGGCACAGCUGGAGCGGCAGGAGCAGGAGAGGAAGGAGCGGGAGCGGCAGGAGCAGGAGCGCAAGAGGCAGCUGGAGCUGGAGAAGCAGCUGGAGAAGCAGCGGGAGCUGGAGCGGCAGAGGGAGGAGGAGAGGAGGAAGGAAAUCGAGAGGAGGGAGGCUGCCAAGCGGGAGCUGGAGAGGCAGCGGCAGCUGGAGUGGGAGCGGAACCGCCGGCAGGAGCUGCUCAACCAGAGGAACAAGGAGCAGGAGGACAUCGUUGUCCUGAAGGCAAAGAAGAAAACCUUGGAAUUCGAGCUGGAAGCUCUGAACGACAAAAGGAACCAGUUGGAGGGAAAGCUUCAGGAUAUCAGGUGUCGGCUGUCGACCCAAAGGCAAGAAAUUGAAAGUACAAACAAAUCCAGAGAGCUCAGAAUUGCAGAAAUCACCCAUUUGCAGCAGCAGCUACAGGAGUCUCAGCAGAUGCUGGGGAGGUUGAUCCCAGAAAAGCAGCUGCUCAAUGAUCAGCUCAAGCAAGUCCAGCAGAACAGUUUGCACAGAGAUUCUCUUCUUACCAUCAAGAGAGCCCUGGAAGCCAAGGAACUGGCACGGCAGCAGCUCCGGGACCAGCUGGAUGAAGUGGAGAAAGAAACCAGAUCCAAACUGCAGGAGAUCGAUAUUUUCAAUAAUCAGCUGAAGGUAACCCAGGACUCAUUAAUAACCCUUCCUUCUAAGUGUUCA